GUCUCCUCCGUCUGGCAGUCUCUCCCCUCGUCCUCCCUCCUACCAUUCAUGGUGGUUUCGCGGUGAUUGAUUGAUGGCUUGGACCCUCCUCUCGUGCUGCUCUGCUCUGCUUCUCUCGUUCUUCUCUAAUAUCUGACCAAUCCAAUGCUGCAACCAUAACCUGGCAGCCACGCACAAGGCCCCCCUUGCACACCACCACCACGAUGUGAUUCCCCCACUUCUACUUUACAUCCACGUCGCCGUCAUUGCCAGAUAUUUUCCGCCAGCUCCCACUCCUUCUCUCUUGUCACCUGUGUUUUCUUCCCGUUAUUCAUUUCCUCCUCUGUAUACUCUUUCGAUUGUACUUCAGUUUCGUUUUUGCAUUGAAUUUUGGAAGUGGAUCUUAGGCUUGUAAGAAGUCAUGGCCGUGGCAGUUGCGGCUUCUAGCCACAUAGCUUUUAGGGGCAAUACCGCAUGCUCAUCUUCGGCCCCCUGGAAAGCCCUUGCUCUCAAUUCUGCAUCCUUUUCUGAGAGUCACCUCUUCGGUACAGGGAUUGUCUCUCUUUGCACUCGCAGGGUCACAAUUACCUGUCAGAGACGCUUCUUCAAGUGCAUUGAGGUGGCCCUCAGACAUAGCGAGAAAGAUGUCGGUGAUGGUGUGAACAGGCAAGGCGCUGGAGAGAUGUGGCAGCAACUAGUUGACCGAAUUUCGAAGCCAACGAUGGUGAUCAUAUUGAGCUUGUUGCUGACACAGAGCAAUGCUGAAACGGCAUUUGCUGCAGGUGGAGGGAGAGUGGGGGGUAAAGUAGGGGGUGGAAGCUCAUUCUCCAGCAAAUCUUACUCAGCCCCUAGUCGAUCGUACUCGGGAUCCCCCUCAGGUGGAUACGCCACGCCCAGGCAGUAUAUUGCGCCAAGUCCAGGAUUCUCGUAUGCCGUCCCGUAUGCUGCUCCAUCACCUUUUUUUGGUGGUGGUUUGUACGCUGCACCAUCGCCGUUCUUUGGAAUUGGACUAGGUGGAGGGAGCAUCUUCUUCUUGGUCAUCUUGGGGUUCAUCGUCUUGCAAGCCGUGUACGGGUUUGUUUCGGAGCGUUCGGGGUUGGGUGGGUCAUUGCUCAAUGGCUCCCAGAAGGUCAGCGUGUUGAAGCUUCAGGUGGGAUUGUUGGGCAUGGGGCGUACUCUUCAACGUGACUUGGACCGUAUUGCGGGGCAGGCCGAUACCAUUACAGCAGAGGGCCUACACUAUGUUCUCACAGAAACGUGCUUGGCUCUGUUGAGACACCCUGAUUAUUGCAUCUCAGGAUUUACAUCGCAUGAUAUUAACAGGUCAAUCAGCAUGGCCGAGGAACGGUUCAAUAGUUAUUCUCUGGAAGAGAGAGGCAAGUUUGACGAAGAGACUCUAGUGAAUGUGAGCAAUCUACGGAAGCGGAUGAUGGGAGCACCAAAAGCAGAUAGAUUCAACAACGAGUACAUUGUGGUGACGAUUCUGGUAGCGGCUGAAGGAGAGUAUAAGCUUCCAGCAAUCAAUGGCAACGCUGAUCUGAAAGCCGCCCUGCGGAAAUUAGGUUCCAUCUCAGCUGAUUCUAUUCAGGCUGUGGAAGUGCUGUGGACGCCGCAAGAUGAAAAUGAUACACUAAGUGAGCGGGAGCUGCUGCGUGACUAUCCUCUUCUACGGUCUCUGUAAACAUAUAGAACGUGUUCACUGUCCGAACAUGAAUAGGAAUGAACAGGAAUUAGCUGCAGUAACAAUUUCGAGAAUAUUUUUGAUCUUGAGAAUAUGUGCAUAGAGAAAGCGAAUCUAGUGUUGGAGUUGUGUGAAGUAGCUCACAGGGGAGACGGAAGGAAUGCUCUUGGAUCCUCAAAUGAAGGGAGGAAGAUAUUGCUUUAGUUCUCUUCAACAAUUAAAAAAGUGUGUACUAGUGUACAUUAUGUUAUUGAAUUCAAGGUUGACUGUGUCAACGUUAGUCUCUGGGCGCAGAGGAAGUAGUGUUGAUCGAUCAAUGAGGUGGAGAGAGCUAAUUUGAGAGAAUUUACAUCACGUGCAUCAUGAUCAAGGUGAAAACAUCUAGAUGAACAGCAUAAGUUCUGUUCAUAUCCAUCUAAUGGAGUAUCAAAAUUUAUGUAAGUCGAUUUGGCAUUAGCUUUUUAUUCUGAAA